AUGGAGGAUGCCACGGAUUUUCAAAGUCGAGGCGUUGCUAAAGGUUUGGCUGAUAAAUCAACAAGUUUUGAAUUUGUAUUCAUUGCUCAUUUGAUGGUGACGAUAUUAGCAAGCACAAGCGCACUGUCAGCGGCCUUACAAGAAAAGACUCAAAAUAUUGGCAAUGCUCUUGUUUUGAUUAAAUCGGUCAAGAAAGAUUUGAGGAAGUUGAGGGAGGAUGGUUGGGAGGAUUUAUUGAUGGAAGUCACAACAUUUUGUUCUGAAAAAGGUAUUUAUGUGCCUAACAUGGAAGAUCCUAUGCCGGGUUGGCCUAGUAGAUCUCAAAGAGAAGUGGAUGAUCAACCAAAGACUUAUUUACAUUAUUUUCGACGGGAAAUCUUCUUUCAGGUUAUUGAUCGUAUUUUACAAGAGAUAGAUAGCCGUUUUGAAGAGUUGAGUUCAGAACUUAUUCAGUGCAUAGUAUGUCUUGAUCCUAGAGAUUGUUUUGCAAGCUUUGAUGUUGAAAGACUACUCCGCCUCGCUCAGCUUUAUCCAAAUGAUUUUGAUGAUGAGCUCAAGCUAAAAGCAGAAUUGGAUCAGUUUCACGAUGUAGUCACAACAUCUGAGCGUAUAUUUUUCUCUGGUCUUCAGAGUAUUGGAGACCUUGCAAAGAGAAUGGUUGAGAGAAAUUGGCACACUACCCUCAAGUUAGUUUAUCGGCUUAUCGAGUUGGCUCUAAUUUUGCCCGUCGCGACAGCUACUGUUGAAAGAGCCUUAUCCUCGAUGAAAAUUAUCAAGACUGAUUUGCGUAACAAGAUGAGGGAUGAAUUUCUGAUAGAUAGUUUGGUGUGUUACAUUGAAAUGGAACUCUUUGAAAAAUUAAUGAUGAAGUUAUUUUACAAAGGUUUCAAAAGAUGGCGUCCCGAAGAAUACAGUUACCGCCUGUCAAAUCAUAGUCAUUCUUCUCCCUCGGUCGGAAGUUAG